AUGGAGAUGGAGGAGAGAUGGCGGAAGCUCGCGCUGUUAGUCAAGACUUGGAAUGAUGUCUCGACGGCUCUGGUUUUCGUGUUCUGCGUUGUGACAAUCUCAACCUUGCGCAUCUCAUCAAGGUGGUUCACGGAAGAUGGUGCAAGCACGUCGUCCAUCAUGCGCUCCUUCUCUUUCGCCUACCCAGCGACAGGAGCUGCAGCGAUUUUCGAAGCCGCCAAUGUGUUCUGCACCGCUGGUCUGCAUGGUGGGAUGAUAAGUGGUGGCCCAUUCGCCACUGCAAUGCUCGUGACGUACAUCGUGCUCGCGAUCUCCUAUUUCAUGAUGCAUGCGUUUGGCGGCGUUAUGGUGCACACGGACGAGCUUUGCAUCGGAGGGCCUCGGCCGGUGUAUUCUAUUCGCUAUCUUCAGUGGUGCGUCAACGUCCCCAUGCUCAUGAUGGUGUCUGGAAACCCUCGUGGUUCAGCCAGUGCAGCCGAUGCAGCCUUUGAGACCUGGCUGCAAACUACCAAGCUCACCAAUCAUCGAAAGCUUGGCACCCUGGCGAGGCAAGAACGAUUUUGGUACCGAUUUCGACAUGGACUUCAGGCCACUAUCUUGGCCACAAUGGAGGCCUUCAGACAGAUGCCGUUGGCAGCAUCGGCCAGGUUGACAUCCAUGUACAUCGUGGCCUCCUGGCUUGCUUUGGUUGUGGACAGCCAUUUUGCGAGGUGGGUGCUCAUAGCAGUUGCAUUCUCUGCAUACAUCGUGGCAUCGAUGGAACAGAUGUUGCUUUUCUUCCAGCGCUCGCAGCUGAACGUGGCCGGCUGGACUGACCUUCUACUCGCAUUGCAGGUGCUUAUCUUCGGCUUCUAUGGGUGCAUAUACCUGGGCGCCGUCUUCGGUCUGAUCUCGAGUGCUGUGGAGCAGGCAGCUUACUCGUAUUCCGACAUUCUGGCAAAGAUGAGCCACUCUGUCAUCAUCCUGGCCUACCGGCGGACAGACGAGGUGAUGCAGGCAGCUGCGCUACGUGAUUUCGCAGUUUCGGCAGCAGCAGACCUAAAACGGAUGAUCCGGGAGGCCAGCGUGCCUAUCUUCUCUGUGACCACGAGCCUCAAGAUCGAUGAGUGGAAUGGCUGCAUCUCGGAGUUGACGGGGGUGACACCGGAGUUGGCAAGGGGCAAGACGCUGACAGAGCUUUUUGCCGAAGGCAAGGAAAGUCAAUGGCAGCACUUCGCUGUGGAGCUUCUCAUGGGGGCUAUUGACGACAAUGCUACUGGCAUUGCACAGUUCCAUUUCUCGAAGAUGGAGGAUGAAGCACAAGACUUCGUAAUCAUCGCGGCGAGUGCCAGGCCACUUCGAGACAGACAUGGAGAGAUAUGCGGAGCGGUUUGCAUCGGUCAGGACGUCACAGAGCUGAUGCUGCAAAGGCAGGAGGCCCAAGCAUUAGCUGCCGGUCUAACGCAGCUCGUCGAGACUGCUUCUGUCCCAAUCUUCGAGGUCAAUCAAGACAUGAGGGUAACGGAGUGGAACUCUUGGCUGGUGCAGAAUAUUGGUCUCACCAAGGCCUAUGUUCUGGAUGCCCACCUUUUUGACUUGCUGAGUCCUUCAAGCAGAAGGGUAACCGUCGAGGAGCUCGUUCAGAGUGAGAAGCCGGACACAUUCGAGCUCACGCUGGAAGGAUCCAACUCCAAGCAGAUCACUCUUCGCAUGAACUCCAUGCCACGGUUGAAUUUCCGGCAAGAAACUGUGGGCUUCGUCUUCGUGGGCCAGGACAUCACAGAGCUCAAGGACAUUGGUGAGUGGAAGUCUGCAAUGAUGGCGAUCAUCUCGCACGAGCUGAAGUCGCCCCUGCAUGGCAUCAUGGGCCUGAGUCAGGGGUUCAUCGUGGAUGAGGAUGUGGACAUGGUUCAAAAGCGGGCCAUGGUAAUGGUCAGCAACUGUGCGAAGCGGCUCAUCGACAUUGUGAGCAACAUCAUGGAUGCUGCGGAGAUGAUCAACCAAAGAAACAGGCCUAUGGCCAGAGAUCCGGUGAUGAUCGAAAGUAUCAUUCGAGAGAUGGUGCUGCUAUGCCAGCAGGCAGUAGACAAACGAGGUUUGCCGGAGUUGAAGCCCUCCGUGAAGAUCAUCAAUACGAUUACCGAGCCUCUUCCCAUCAUUGAAGGGGACGCACAUCGAUGCGCUCAGCUGAUGCAUAACCUGAUUUCCAAUGCAAUAAAAUUCACCCACAAAGGGUCCGUGACCAUCUCAGCUAGUCCCGAUGACGUGGAGAAGAUGGUGACCGUGGACGUGAAAGACACUGGCAUUGGCAUCUCUCCAAACAACUUAGACCGCAUCUUUGAGCCCUUCGAUCAGGAAGACCGUUCAGAGCAGCGCCGUUACGAAGGCAUGGGAAUGGGUCUGGCGCUCUGCCGGGAGAUCGCGUUGAAGCAUGGGGGUUCGCUGACGGUGAAGAGCAAGAAGGGCAAAGGGUCGACUUUUCGCGUGAAGCUGCCAUACUGGACGCGGGCUUCCAUCGCCAAAGACCUCAGCAUCACAGAGCCGCAGGGCCGUGAGAACACAUCCCGGAGCGGCGCGUCGGAAUUGGGUAGCGAUGGCAUGGUCAGGGCACCGGGCCAAGAACAGUCUUUCAAGACGUUUUCGGAUGCGCUGGCUGCAGCUGGCAGAAGGGCGACCCCAGGACAAGCACUCAUGAACUCAGGCACUUCGGAGACAUCGCAGAGGAGGUUUCCGCCUUCCAAAGCAUCUGCAUCGAAUGUCAUACUCACUGUGGAUGACGACAUGGUGAACCAGCAAGUCAUGCACUCCCUCCUUCGGUCCAGCGAGUACACGAUGCAGGUCGCUGUCCAUGGCGGAGAGGCCCUGAGUUACCUGAGCGACAAUCCACUUCCAGCUCUUGUCCUCAUUGAGGUGAUGAUGCCAGGAUUGUCGGGACCAGAUGUACUGCGGACGUUGCGACAGAAGUACCCGGUGGAAGUCUUGCCCGUCAUCGUGAUGUCAGCCAGCAGCGACAAGGACAUGAUCACCAAGUGCUUGAAGCUGGGCGCCAACGAUUUCGUGAAGAAGCCGUUCCAUCCCGCAGAAUUGCUCGCCAGAAUGCAGUUGCAAUGCAACCUUGCACGAGCUCACCGACGUCUCAGCAAUGACAGCCCACCCGUGCCAGACACUACACCAGACGUGGACGACCGCGACGUGAAAGCAGUGGGCUGCGUGGAUGCAAAACUUUUGGAGGGUGUGAUUCCGGUGGGGCUAUUGGAGACGUUGACAUCUGCUUCCGGGAGAAAUCCCCAAGUGAGUCCAGAGGCAGCCCGACAGCAAGUCGAGGAGUUCCUGAGCAACUCCGAGAAGAUUCAGCACAUGACCAACACCAUUGAAGAGCUGCAGUCGAGUCUGGCUGAGGAGAGGGCAAAGCACGGUGCGCUCUCUGAUAGCCAGCUGCUGCUAACGAAGAGCCAUGCUGUUCGCCUGCAACGCCUUCAAGAGGAGGUCAAGAACAGGGAGCAGCGCUUGCUUAGCUUUGGGCGUUGGCGAGAUGCCCACAAAGCUCUGCCACCAAGUCACCAUGGGGGCACCAGCAUAGCGAAGAACAUCAACCGUCUUGACGAGUCCUUGAUGAUCAAAGAAAGCGGAGCCAGCGGAAUCAUCGCUUCGCUACCUGAAGCAGAAGCCUCCGUGCUGCGUGAGCUCCUCACCGGGCUGCGCGAGGAGGCGUUGCGCUUGCUGCAGGAGAGCUCCUGCAAGGAUCAGCUCCUUAUGGAUGCGAACUUCAAGAUGCAGUUGCUGGGCAUGAGCCUCGUGCAGAAGGUUAUCCCAACGCCUGCACAGAUCCUGCUCAAUGAUGGAAGCCGCGUCUCGGAGCAUUCUGCCGUGCUUGUGGCCCUUGGCCAGGACCAGGUGGAACGCCUCCAACGUGAAAUCCAGGCGUUCCUUCCAAGUCAGCAGCAGAUGCAGCAAGAAGCACGACAGGCCCAGCAGGAGUCGGACAAAGCGAGGUCGCUGGCGCAAAGACGCCGUGAGGCUGUGUCCAAGCUUGAGGAGGAGGCGCAACAGGUCGAGCGAAGCGCAGAGGAGGAGCAGGCGACCAUGAACUCAAGGCUAGAACAGAUGCGGACAGAUCUGAACGAGACUUUGGCCAGCACGACAGAGUUAGGUGAGCAGGCUCGGAAGGCACAAUCAAGUCACAACAGGCAGAUGAAGGCUGUGAAGACCGAUGGAAGCGCUCUCAGGGACGCGUUGGCGGACAUUGGUCAGGAAAAGGAAGACAUGGAAGUGGAGCUGUCGCGAUUGAGAGACACCGUGGGAGGUGCUGCGGCCGAGGACCGAGGGCGCCGAGAGCGCCUCGCCGAAGCUGAGGCCAGCCGCCAGGCCUUGCUGCAGCAGGUGGCCUUGGAAGAGCAAUCGCUCAACCAAGCUGAAGCAGCUAAUGCCGAAGCCAGUGGGACGCGGGCCGAAGUCAUCAAGGAGGGUCUUCAGCAGGCACGGCAUGCUUUGAGCCGGGCGGAGCAGGAGGCGGCCCAAGUGUCCGAGGAAGCUCAGGAGGCACUGCGAACCCUGGAGACUCUCUGUGCGGAGAGGACGCGCAUGAAAGGCGAGACCGGCCCGGAGGCUGCGAAGCGCCGCGUGCAGCUCACAGAGGCGCUGACCAAAGAGGAGGACCAGCUCUCAGCCGAACAGGAGCAGUUGAAGGUGCAAUCCAAGUCAGCAGAAGAGAAGCUCGACUGGUUAAGGCACUUGCGUGAUGUUCAGGAGUAUGCUCGCUCCGCCGCUAAGGAGUCAGCCAACAACUUUCGAGUUGCAUACACCGACAUUGCCAAGUCCUCUCGCUCUUCCACUGCACGGCCAGCGGCGGGGACUUCUCCAGCACCUGAGGCAGCGAACAGGUCGGCGCGCAGGCUUUCGCGGCAUUUAGAUGAUUUCUUGCGCUUCAUGGCAGAGGUCGUUGCCGUGGGUGAAGCCCACGAAGAGACAUCGCAGUUGCCACUGCAGAUGGUGAACCUGAACUUGCCAGCUGUGCUGAAGGAGGCCUACAUGGGAAAGUUCGUCCAAAGUGACGAUGGGAUGAGUCAAGCACAGCAGCUGGACAGCUCCAAAGAGAAGCUGAAGGUCCUGAAGCGUGAGCUGAACGAUGCUGGCCAUCAGAACGAGACGCAGAGUCUAACAAAGGACUUGGCGGAGCUUCGAAGGCAGAUCGCCGAAGGCGAGGCAAAGAGCCGCGAGGACCGGCAGCGAUGCGAGGAGGCCCAGCAGCACCUGCGAGAAGGCUUCAAGAAGGCCGGCUACCGCCGCAACGAGGCCCAGACGCAUGCGGUGCAAAAGGUGCAAAGAGAGCUCGGAUCUUUCGAGCGCGAGGUUGCCCUUUUGCGUCGCGAGCGAGAUGCCUUGAAGGCAGAAGCCCCGGUUGCUUUAGCGGCACCGUCCAUAGAAAGCCUGGGCAAUAAGCUGCAGCAGAAGGAGAAUGAGGUGCAGGAACUUCGCAACAGAGUGAUGUCUACGCGAGAGCGCUACCAUGCCCUCGUGGAAGAAUCUGGCGGCAGAACAGCUGUGGAGGAUCUUGGCUUCAACGUCCGCUACGGAACCCCGCGACCUCUUCACAGGCCCGGCGGCUCCCCGCCACGGCGACCAGCGGGACAAGCUUUGGGAGGCAAGACCGACAUGUCCAGAAGUGUGGAAGGGCGCGUCGACGUCAGCAAGAGCGUCGACGAAGGCAGGUUGAGGCCAGAGCGGGACGUUGCCAAAGUUGCGACGGAAAGCGGUCGGCCGGAUCUCUCCAAGGGCAUCGAGGAAGGUGAGUCAACCGGAAGACUGUCAUCUGAAGGCAAAGCUGACAUGCGAGCCAUCAGCGAAGGAAAAGCUUUAGCUGACAAAGACGCAGCUCCAGAAGAUGUCGCGGUGCCCGCAGGCAGCGCUGAGGGGAACCGAAGCACGGACGAUGGCAGCCGAGAUGAUGUCAGGGUCAACGACGGAGGGGCGAGCCCUUCAAACAAAGACUCAGAGAAUGUGGACGACAAGGACAUCACGUCUGUAACUUCUGCCGUCACGCCGGUGGCAACGCCAGCAGCAGUAUCUCCGAUUCGGACGGUCUCAGAGACACCGCAGGUUGUCCCGGCCACGACAAUCAGCACAUCCACCACGCCAGUGCAGGAGGCGACCGGACGGCCUGUCGAGGCCUCGCCCAGCUCGCCCGGGCGCAGCUCUCGUGCACUUUCGACACCGUGGGGUGAAAUGGAGGCAGCCAAACCCGAGUCCACGCCGCAGUCGUGCUCGGAACUGGCCAGCCCCUCACAGUUGAAUUCGGCGCUGGCGGAGAUUCGUCGCAGCGAGGCCUUGUCCUUGUCCACACCGCCGCUCAGCCCUGGGCAAAGCGUGUUGAGGCUCGAGGCAGCUCCCUCCGUGCCGGCGGAGUCACGACUGUCGGUUGAGACGGGUGAGGUCAGCAGUCCGGCAAGGAGCAUUCGGCCGGCGCUGGCAAUGUCGUGGGCUGAUAUGGAGGCAGCGGCACUAGAGCCACUAGAGCCUUCGCCCAACUCCGGUGCCUCGGAGCCUCAGAGCCCCUCGGGGCCCUCGCUCUCCUCGCCUGGCCUUCUGCGAGCCAAGGAGGAGGCGGAGCCUGCUGGCAGGCCCGAGCCUGCUCUGCAGUGCCAGUGGCAGCCCCAACCGCCGCCGGCGGCGCCGCCGGCACAGCCGCAACCUGCACAGCCGGCAGCAAGUGCCGAGGCCCAGGCGACCCCCCUUUGGGAGCCGGUCACAGCCGUGCCCAGGCAGGUGAUGCCGCAGAGCAACGCAUGCUGCCUUCAAACCCUUUCGCCGCAGCUGGUGGCUUCCCAACCGGUGCAGUCGCUGCAGCCAAUGCCGGUCUACCAGGCCCUCCACCCUGGCCGACUUGGCGGCAUUUCGCCAACCUCACAGACAUUCCAGUCGGACGGCCGAGUUCGCGUGCCAUCGCCUCCGCCAGUUUAUCUGGCACCAGCCCGGGCCCACAGCCCCGUCACUGUGCGCACGAGAUCACCCAGUCCGCACGCGACGGAACAGGUCUCGAUGGCGAUAAACUGGACACACAUUGGACGCGAGGCAUCCCAGUUUGCGCCGCUUCCAGAGUUUCCCGCUCUGCCAACGAGCCCGGCUGCCGCCAUGAAGGCCGGCACCGCACUUCGCAGACCCUCGGACUUUGCUCUGAGCCCCCGCGCCUUGUCUCCCAGAGGGCUGGACACGUCACCAGGCUUCAGCAGUCGGCCCUCUGAUCUGUCACCGGGGACGGGCGCUGACUCGGACAUCUGCAGCAGCAGUGACGUCUCGCGGGAUGUACUCGGAAGCCCAGUCUCUGGAGGCUUAGUCGACGACCCCUGGCUUGGCCUGGCUGUGCGGUCACCGCUCAGGAGCCCCGGCCGAGAGUUUCGGGAUGUUGCGCGACCGGCGCAUUCUGGACCACUUCGCAGACCGGUUCCUACAAUCAGCAGCCCCGAGUGGGCGGAGCAGGCUGAGGGAGGCAAGCCUGUCCUGCCAGCUCCGCAGCUGCCAGCGUUGGAGGAGCUUUUUGCCCAGAAUAUGCGGGCCGCCAAGGAGCAGAAAAGAGAGGAGCGCAAGCUCCGUCAGCAGCGACGAGAGCCGCGGCAGCAGAUGCAGAGGACAAUCCACCCAUCCUUCGAGGAGGUCCCCAACGGACUCUGUGGCUUCGGCCCGAACCCUGACGAUGACGACUACUUCUACGGCAAGCACGUGAGUCUGUGA